AUGAGAAGACACAAGUUAGUCGUUGAGUCUUACCCGUUUGGUGCCAAACACUAUGAACGUGAGUUGGCUCCUAUGAGAGACGCAGACAAUAAGCAAGAUCACGUGAUUUUUGUUGAUGGAUAUGACACUAAGCGUCCCUUGGAGUACGUUGAGAGAAUGCUGUUAAAAGAACUCUCUAAAUUUGGACGUAUCUUGCAUAUUUCCCUUCACAAAGAGCGCGGAGGUCCUUCUCUCUCCAGAUACGCUUACGUUCAAAUUGAGGGGGGAAUAGGCACAAUAGAGAGGAUGCUGCAACAAUGUGGAUGUGCUGUGGAAGGAUUGGAGGAUAUUAAACUUUCCAGGGUUGAUCCUCCAGAAAGAGUUGAUGUCAGCACCUGUGAUAUGCCACCCCUAUCUGCUUGGGCACCGGUAAUGGCUGCUACAGCUACUGAGUUUCCAAAUCUCCCUGAACCGCCACCUGAGGGGAAAGAUCCCCCUCCUCCUUGGGAGUGUCGUGUGGAUAGUGAGACUGGGUGUUUGUUCUUUUGGAAUCCAAAUACUGGUGUCGAGUUUAAGAAACCCCGUUCUGCCUCACCAAUCCGUUACACACGUGAGGAUCCACAUCUCCCUAAGCCGUGGAAACGUCUCGCUGAUAGCUAUGGGUAUUCGUAUUGGUGGAAUACAGAGACUAAUGUUACCCAGUACGAGAAACCACCUUGCGCAGCUCCUCCCAUGCUGCUUCAGGAAGUUCAACGUUCUUCUGCAUACCAUCCAGCCCUAUAUGGGUAA